ACUCAGCUCAAUUUGUUAUUGACACGCUUACGUUAAGUUUGGGGUAUUCAGUUUCAGUUAAUUUUUUUUUUAAUUUUGGUGCAUUCAUCGGUUGAAGAUGGUUUCGCACCUGCCGAAAUGCCUGUCAGAGUUUUCGCUCGAGGAGCCAGCUGAGAACGUCGAGGAGGUGCAAAAGAGCAAGUCCGUCGGCUACAAGAAGAAGAAAUUGAAGAAGCACACGCCCAGCAGGCCAAUGGGCGUGCUGGAGUUGGCGCGCUACACAAUGUGGCGCGAGCAUCGGGAGCGUUUGAUGAACAUCGUCAGCGAAAUCGAUCAAUCCCCGCCAGCCACACAGGCGGUGCGCCAGACCCGUGUGAAUGCGCUGCGCGAGGAGGCGCAGCAGUUUAUGCAACGCACCAAGGAGAACAUUCACAUGCUGCUCAAUCUCUCGCAGACGAUGCGCACCCACGGCGCCAUCGAUCCGUUUCGGCACGAUGCGCCGUAUGUGAUGUCCAUGGUGCCGGCGACGAUUAGCGAUCUGGAGCAGCUGGAGCAGGAUAAUUUCGAUAUGGGCAAGCGUCUGUUGAGCAUCGGCAGUGAGAUCGACUCGGGCCUCAAGGCUGAUGGGGCCGCCAACAAACGGGACUCGCAGCCCUUUGUGAUGCCCGAUCGCGCGAUGGCCAAGUACAAGCCGUUCAACAUCAAGCUGCCCUCGACGGACAAGGAGCGCUGGCAGCUCUUCCGUCCGCGCAUCUACUUCGAAAUGUAUCUGAAGGACGCCCGUCCGCUCGGCCGCAUCGUCGUCCAGCUCUACACGGAGGCAGCGCCCGUGGUGGUCCUGCAGCUGGUGCGCGCCUGCAUGUGCAACAUGCACAACAAGUUUCAGAUCAAGCGUCUCUUUCCCAACCUCUGGCUGGACGUCGAGCUGCCCACGGAGAACAACACCGCGCUGAACAGCCCCUUGGAGUACGAUGGCAAGAUCAUUGAUCAUGGCUCCGGCGGCUAUGUGCUCUCGUUUAGCAAGAGCCAUCUGACGGGCUUCGGCGACAGCAUUCCCUUCUCCAUCUCGUUCAAGCCGCUGCAUGUGGUGAACGGCUCCAGGGUCGGCUUCGGCCGUGUCGUCAAGGGCAGCAAGAUCUUCGAGUGCCUGCAGAGCUAUGGCAACAAGAAUGGCACCCUCAGCCGUGGCCUCACCUUCACCGACUGCGGCGUCCUCUGAGCGCCACCAGACUCCACAAUUCCACAGAUACCAAGUCAGUUCCUGUUUCAGUUCGGUUUCAGUUUCAGAUCCACAGCCAAAUUUGAUGUAUUCAAAUAAGUUGGACAGGGUAAACCUAGCAGCACGUAUCAGAUGUCAAAUUUUUGUCGUUUUAGCCAGUGUCUGUUUUAAUGUCAGUCUAGUUUUAAAAGCUAACCAUAUAGGGUCAUAGUAGGGAUACAUGAGAAUAAAAAAAAUUAUUUAGCUAAAA